AAUACUUGUGUAUUUGGAGGACAAAACAAGACAACAUCUGCACGAGCUGAAUUUCGACAGGACAGUAAUACGCAACCGUCAUGUACGAGGAGUGCUCUCUCAGUCCACAUUCUCCUUCAGCGAAGGCUGCAGUGUGUGUGUGUCCUGUAAUGAUAGACUCAGACACACACCUUUCAUAAAAUUACAGACUGGCCUAUUUUAUUUUGCCCCUCUCCAGUGCCAAGAAUUUUCUCCCAAGUUCGUAUGGAUGACAUAAUUCCUUGGAAUCUUCCACGCCGCACAACAACCGUGUUUUUCUUCCAUCCCGGCUUCUGGGCAAAGAAACCACAGGGGCCCUCGUUCCUUGUCUGGGAUCGGCUUUUGUACACAAACACGCUCGCUCGAGGCCCCCUGACAGCGUUCCAGGCAGUCCCGGGGCUUAAAGGAAGCCCUGUGUUGCUCAACAUCUGAAAUCAAAGUCAACAGGACGAUGUGCAGGUUUAGGCCUUUGCAUAGCGCAAAUGCGGAGACUUCGCAACCACCGAGGCGAGAACCUCUUGGGUACGAACAGUAUCCUGCACCAUCCUGACUGGCUCGCUGACCUUGACUCCAGACUGCGGAGCCAGGAAGAGGAGAUGACCCUGGUGAAGUCGGCAUUGGCCGAUGCCCUACGACGGCUGAACUUCUACGACCGGCAGAUCCCUCUGCUCAGGCAGCAGCUGCUUGAAGGAAAUUCCAGCAUACCAGAUUCCAGAGACCCCACGAUCCUUCCGCAAAGCAAUAAUCCUCUCUGGAUCCUGCCCCCCAUCCUCACUGGUGAUUCCAGUUCAUGCACUGUCCAGAGGUCCGGAAGCAGUGAAAAACGGGUGCCCUGCACUGAAAAGACUCAAGGGGUGGCGACCGUCAGCGUUGGGACUCAGACAAAGGAAUCCGCCGUGCUGGCAGAGAAGCAGAGCCACUGCGUCACAAAUGGGCAUCUGAAAAGGACCCAUGAAAGCUCAGAUAUUAAGGGGAAACCAGAUCAAGGUCCCUCCAGCGUAGCCAGAACUAGCUGCCCUAAAGACCUCACCAGUGGCGAGCCUUCGGAGGACCAGAAUUCCUUUGGAUCUCAAGCCGAUGGAGGAGACCGGAGACUUCCCUCGGAGAUGCCUAAUGUCCCAGAUGACUCCAAGAUGCCGGAUCUCAGUUGCUGCUUCCCGAGCACGGGCCCCCAUGAAGCUCAGGAUGUGGGGGAGCCUCCCCCCCAAGAUGGUGCGGACAAAGUCUGCGGCACAGGGACGUCCCAGCCUCUAACUCAGCCGCUGCCGGGCCAGGAAGCACCGUCUCCGGAGCCUGUCUCGGAAACGGGGAGCAGCAACGGCAGUACUGCAGCCUCCCCGGUCCCCACCGUUCAGAAUUUGAUGACCAGCAAGAAAGAGCUGUUGCGCAGAAACAGCUCUUCCGACAAACCCCCUCGUGUGAAGAAGCAGCUCUCCAAGAAGGCAGCCUCCUCUACGAACCUCUUGAACCGCUCCGGGAGCCUCGAGAACCGAAUUAAGGAUCCCAUCCUGAGUCCAGGACCGUGGAGCACUCGGCGGGGAAACUACAUCUUAGAAGGACUUUCCAUCAAGAUGUUCCUCCGCGGGCGCCCCAUCACCAUGUACAUUCCUUCUGACUUUCCCAACUACGAGGAGCUGCGCAUGGAACUCCCAGCGGAGAAGCUGCAGCUGGACUGGGUGUAUCUUUGGAAGCCAAAAGGGGCCCGUUCUUUGCUCUACGUGUUGAGCUCAGGGGAGCUGGUCUACUUCAUCGCCUGCGUAGUCGUGCUGUACCACGUCCAGCGCCGCACCCAGCGGCAUUACCUGCAGCACACCGACUGUGUACGCUGCCUAGCUGUGCAUCCGGACCGAGUCCGUGUUGCCUCGGGACAGAUGGCAGGGGUGGACAAAGACGGGAAGCCCCUCCAGCCCUUUGUUCACAUAUGGGACUCCACCACCCUCGCCACGCUGCAACAAAUCGGGCUGGGCAGCUUUGAGAGAGGAGUCGGUUCCCUUGCCUUCUCGACUGCGGAUGAGGGGGCCUACCUGUGUGUAGUGGAUGAGUCCAACGAACACAUGCUGUCUGUGUGGGACUGCGCUCGUGGGAGCAAGCUGGCUGAAAUCAAGAGCACAAAUGAAUCUGUCCUGACUGUGGAAUUCAACCCGCAAGACAGCAGCAACAUCAUCUCCACUGGAAAAUCCCACAUCUACUUCUGGACCUGGAGCGGAAGCAGCUUGACGAAGAAGCAGGGCAUCUUUGGGAAGUACAAGAAGCCCAAGUUCAUCCACUGUUUUGUGUUCAGCACCCACGCCGAGGUGCUCACGGGGGACUCGGAGGGCAACAUCCUGACCUGGGCCAGGGUGGCCGCCGACGUCCGCACCCUGGGCAAGGCAGCUAAAGAGACGUACCAAAUCAGCAAGCAGACGCGAGCGCACGAGGGAAGCAUCUUCUCUCUCUGCCUGUGCCGCGACGGCUCGGUGCUCAGCGGGGGUGGCAAAGACCGGCGCCUGGUCCGGUGGAGCCCCGACCUCACCCUGCUGCAGGAAGCGGAGAUCCCAGAGCAGUUCGGGGCCGUGCGCACCAUCGCCGAGGGGGACGGCGGGGAGCUGUUGGUCGGGACGACGCGCAACGCCCUGCUGCGGGGGAGCCUGGCGGGCGGCUUCCGACCCAUCAUCCAGGGGCACACGGACGAACUCUGGGGGCUCGGCACGCACCCUUCCCGGACCCUCUUUGUGACCUGCAGCUACGACAGGCAGCUCUGCAUGUGGGAUGGUGGGGAGCAUGCGCUGGCUUGGAGCGUCACCCUGGAGGAAACGGGACUCUGUGCCGAUUUUCAUCCCAGUGGAAAUGUAGUUGCAGUGGGGCUCACCACUGGAGGCUGGGUGGUGUUGGACACAGAAGGACGGCACGUGUUUUCAUGUUCUGGAGGCAGUGAACAACUCUCUGUGGUGCGCUAUUCACCAGAUGGGGAUUUCUUAGCCAUCGGCUCCCACGACAAUUUCAUCUAUAUCUACAGCGUCGAGGAGUGUGGUCAUAAAUACACCCGCUUAGGCCGUUGCACGGGACAUUCCAGCUUUAUCACCCAUCUGGAUUGGUCCAAAGACGGGAAAUUCAUCAUGUCCAAUUCGGGAGACUAUGAAAUCUUAUACUGGGACGUGGCGAACGGGUGCAAGCUGCUGAGGAAUCGGUUUGAGAACAGAGACCGGGAAUGGGCUUCCUACACCUGUGUGCUCGGCUUCCAUGUCUUUCGAGUGUGGCCUGAUGGCUCAGACGGCACUGACAUCAACGCGCUCUGUCGCUCCCACAAUGAGCGGGUGGUAGCCGUGGCUGAUGACUUCUGCAAGGUGCACCUUUUCCAGUACCCCUGCGCCAAGCCGAAGGCACCGAGUCGUGACUACGGAGGCCACGGUAGCCACGUCACCAACGUGCGGUUCACCCACGAUGACGGCCACCUGAUUUCCAUGGGGGGCAAGGACACCAGCAUCUUCCAGUGGCGAGUGCUGGGCCCUCCCGGCGGCCACGCCGUGGCUCCUGCCGUGGCCCCCUCACCGGAUGCUGGGGUGAGCACUUGAAACCGGGGGGUAACGGUGUGCCCACACACCCCGAACUCCGUACAGUGCCUCUUUCGGAAAGAGGAAAGCUUGGCGUGACCUCCGUUCCCUCCCCCUCCGGCCGAUUCCUGGGAACUUGAGCGCUCAGGCAGGAUGGAUCCUCGAGAAGGCUGGAAUCUCUUCUCCCCUCCCCCCCCCCCCG